UGCUACUUGGAACCAGCCUGUUUCCUUUGACAGGAAAUAACAUGACAGAACCAAGAUCUGCCACACAUCUACUAAAAAAAAAGACAAAAAAACAACAGAUGAGGACCAAACAUAUUUAACUCCUACUUAGACACCACGCAUUUUAUGUUCCAAAACCUGUGGAGAAAGACAACCAGGCUACAAAGGAGCUUUUGAACCAACACUGAGAGUUAUGUCUGCUGGACACAAAGACACUCCGCGAGACGCUACAUGUCAAAGUGGAAGUGUUUUUUUCUCCAACCCUUUGAUGAGUGAUGUCGAAUCAGACUGGUCUCCAAUUCAUGACGCAGCCUUUAACGGACGUGUCCUCACCCUGCAAAAGCUCAUUGAUCAGGGUGCAUGUGUAAAUCUGAACACUCUGGACAAGGCCUCGCCCCUUCAUGGAGCAUGCAUGCAAGGCCACGCAACUUGUGCCAAGCUUCUGUUGGAAAAUGGAGCAAAUGUAAACAGUUCAACUGUGGAUGGAAAAACUGCCCUGACAGAAGCAUGCGCUCGGGGGCAUGUAACCUGCACCUCGCUGCUUCUUCAACAUGGAGCUGCUUCCCUGGGGACCAGCCAGUCCAAUUCUCCAAUCCAUAUGGCUGCAACAAAAGGUCACCCUGACUGCAUUGAGCCUCUUGUUCAGUACGGCACAGAUGUGGAUCAGCAUAUUGACAAGUUAGGAUCCCCUCUCCAGACUGCCUGCUCCAAUAACCAUCUGAGCACCGCGAGGAAACUACUGCAAGUGGGUGCAAAUGUCAAUAGGAGUGUGUCUGGUGACUCGCCUCUGCACAUCGCUGCCCGUCUGUCGAGCCCUGAGUUAGUAUCUGUCCUGCUUGACCAUGGGGCAGAUCUCUUCCUCAGGAACUCAGAGGGCAAACAGCCACUGGACCUCGCACCUCCCAACAGCCUAACAGAGAGCCUGCUGAGACAAGCGGGAGGUAGUCAGGACUUUGCAUUGGGCUGAUGGAGCAGGAAGAAGCUAAUUAUGUUAUAUUGGCUAGUGCUUCUCCCCAAGUGUCUCCUCUAAUGCAGCUGUGUCGGCUACACAUCAGGAAAACUGUGGGCAAGCAGAGGCUGGGUGCAAUUUGUGACCUUGACUUACCCGCAGAACUGACAGAGUAUCUGCUCUACCAAUCAGACCUGAGGGGAGAUCUUAAUCCACCGAAAUCCUGCAAUCCUGCAACCUCAGAUUAUGAGCCUUAAAAGUUUUUGGUCAAUAGGGGGCACACUUGUAUAAUCUUACAUGGCAAUGACCACAUCACUGCUCCUUUUUGAUGAUGAACUACAAAGUCAUGAUUAUGUUCAGUGAAAGACAUCAUAUCUUUGCUGCUUCCCUCUCAGGAAGCUGGAUGGGAAAGACACCAAUUAGUCUUGAUGUGUAAUCGGAUAUUAGAUAUACCACCAAAUGUUAAGCUGCGAGGAAAACCUCUUCUUUCUUUCUUUAACAGUAAAGCAAUGAUACUUUACUAAAUGCAGUCAUUCCCAACCAUACAUGCAGUGUAAAAUGCCAAAUCAUUCAGC